UCCGAUAGAUACUACUAAAUUCUACCUACUGCACCUUUAACUUGUGUCAAAAGCUGAGAAAGUGCUUUCCAAUGAUUACUCCCAACCCUAUCACAUUACAGAGUGGUUUAAUUCAAUAUGACUUUGGUUAAUAUGAAAUUUAUGGAUUAAUUGAACUUGUAAGUUGCAAUUCAUCUUAUAGAAAUAGAAUAUAUGAGUUUCCGACUUAUUAACUUGUUAUUAACGCAAUAUAAAGUGUCACAUUUGCACAUACAUUUUAGCACACCGGUAAACCCAUACAUCCAUGAGUAGACCUGAGGUACAGUCCCACACCAUAUUUUAGUGUUUGCCUGAGCACACAGACAGACAGCCAGGAUCCAAACUUCCGUGUGACUCCACACCCUGUUUUCCGGGGAGCCGGUGGAGAUCCAGCCCUUCAACACGCUGCUCUCUCUUACGUCCCGUCCGUGAGCAGUGAGCUGGCCGCGGCGGAGAUUUCUCCUUCUGGUCGGAUCGUAUCUUUUCUCCCAACUGAGCUCUUUUCUAGUCUUUUUUACGCGCUUGUCAGAUAUCGGAGUAGAAAAGUCGGCGCGUCGGUGCUCAGUCGCCCGCAAAUCUUUUUGUCCUUGCGCUGCGCCUCCGUGGCAAUGGAUUGAUUUCAGUGUUUUUUCUCCGACCUCUGCCUCGACCAAGUUGAGAAAACAGUCUGUCUAACCUGCGGCUCUCUCUUUCCAGCUACAUGUUUCAUCCGGCCAGUUUUAAAAGUACCUGGUUCCGGAUGUUUCUGCACAUUUUGGGACUUUGAACUUUUUUUUUUUUCCUUGUGCAUUUGCAGGAGGUGGCCGGGGAUUUUAAGGAUUUCUUUUUUAAAAUAAAAAGCUUCUCCUGGGUUCCCGAAGCCUGCAAAGAUUUAUUUGUGAAAAGUGAUGGCCGAGCGGGGAGCUCUGUCGCUCCUCUCUCUCCUCUGUCUCACCUUUCUCUACACGGAGACCACCGCGGCAAAGCAUGUCGACAAAGCGUCCGCAGCGCAGCCCUUCAGCCCCUUCUGGUUCACGGUGGAGCCCCAGGACACGCUGGCCAUCCGGGGAAACUCGGCACUGCUCAACUGCUCGGCCCACAGCGAUGCAGCCACGCGCGUAGAGUGGAAGAAAGACGGCACCUUCAUGAGCCUGGUUUCGGACGAGAGACGACGCAUACUCCCCGAUGGCUCGCUGUUCUUCACCCACGUGGUCCACUCCAAGCACAACAAGCCUGACGAGGGCACCUACCAGUGCGUCGCCACCAUCGACAACCUGGGGUCCAUUUCCAGUCGCACGGCACGCCUCUCUGUAGCAGGCAUACCGAGGUUCGUCAGCCAGCCGACGCCGUCCUCCGUGCGUCUAGGGGACAGCCAGGUGAUGGCGUGCGAGGUCAACUCGGACCUGGUGCCCUUUACCCGGUGGGAGAAAGACCGUCAGCCCCUGGAGCUGAGCGCCAGGCUGGUCCUACUUCCCGGCGGCGCCCUGGUGGUCAGCAACGCCACGGAGGAGGACGCCGGCCUUUACCGCUGCCUGGUGGAGAACGUGGGGUCGUCGAAAUUCAGCGACGAGGCGCAGCUCCAGAUAGUGCCAGAAACCGGAGAAGAGAGGAAGCUGGAGUUCCUGGUGCAGCCUGUGUCUGUGACUAAGGCGGUGGGCGCCAGCGUGCUGCUACCCUGCGUGGCCACAGGUUACCCUGCGCCGCAUGUCCGUUGGAUGUUUGAAGACAAGCUGCUAGAAGAAAGUGAGGGUCGUGUGGAGGUGCUGGGAGGGGGCAGUCUCCAGAUUUUCAAUCUCACAGAAGGGGAUGCUGGAGUCUACACCUGCAUGGCAGACAAUCCCAACGCCACCAUCGAAGCCCAGGCCCAACUCACAAUACAAGUUCCUCCCCAAUUCGUCAAGCGGCCGGCCAACAUUUACGCCCACGAGUCCCUGGACAUCGUCUUCGAGUGUGACGUCACCGGCUCACCGGCUCCCACCGUCAAAUGGGUGAAGAACGGAGACGCUGUCAUCCCCAGCGACUACUUCAAAAUAAUCAAGGAACACAACCUGCAGGUUCUGGGUCUGGUCAAGUCGGACGAGGGUUUCUACCAGUGCCUUGCGGAGAACGACGCGGGCAACAUCCAGUCCAGCGCACAGCUCAUCAUCUUGGAUCACGAUGUAGCCCUGCCCCCUUUCCCUCCCCCCUCACUGACUCCUAACACUACUGACCAUGUAACGCCAGGCUCCGGUGGUGUAGCCGGUCCAGCAGGGCCCACUCCCUCCGCCCCCCGAGAUGUCGUGGCUUCGCUGGUUUCCACCCGCUUCAUCAAGCUCACUUGGCGCCCACCGGCUGAGCCGCACGGAGACGAGUUAACCUACUCCGUCUUCUACAGCCAGGAGGGCACUAGCAGGGAGCGAGUAGUGAAUACCAGCCGUCCAGGGGAGAUGCAGGUCACCAUCCAGAACCUCAUGCCAGACACCAAAUAUCGCUUCAGGGUUGUGGCCCACAACAGCAACGGCCAGGGAGAGAGCUCCGCAGCGCUCAAAGUGGCCACCCAGGCUGAAGUCCAAGUGCCCGGCCCCGCUCCCAACCUGCAGGCGGUGUCCAACACGCCGACCUCCGUCUCUCUGAGCUGGGACACCCCCCUCACUGGCAACGGAGAGAUCCUCACCUACAAGUUGUACUACACAGACAAAAGCAUCGGCACCGAACAGGAUGUUGACAUCGAUAGUCAGUCCUACACCAUGACCGGGCUGAAGAAGAACACCGAAUACAGUUUUCGCGUGGUGGCCAACAACAAGCACGGUCCAGGUGUCUCCACUGAAGACAUCACAGUCCGCACCCUGUCUGACGUGCCGAGCGGCCCUCCUCAAAAUUUCACUCUUGAGGUCCAGAACUCAAAGAGCAUCAUGCUCCGGUGGCAGCCCCCGCUACAAAACGCCCAGAACGGAGAGAUCACAGGCUACAAGAUCCGCUACCGCAAAGGAUCACGGAGGAGCGAGGCAGCCGAAACCACCGGAGGCACCCAGCUUUACAAGCUCAUUGAUGGUCUGGAACGUGGGACAGAGUACUCCUUCCGAGUGUCAGCCAUGACGGUGAACGGCACGGGACCGGCCACCGAGUGGACGACAGCAGAGACGUUUGAGAGCGACCUGGACGAAUCGCGUGUACCAGACCAGCCCAGCUCGCUUCACGUCCGGCCGCUGGUCAACAGCAUCGUGGUGAGCUGGACGCCGCCAGAGAACCAGGACAUCGUGGUGCGUGGUUACACCAUCGGCUACGGCAUCGGCAGCCCCCAUGCUCAGACCAUCAAAGUGGACUACAAGCAGCGCUACUACACCAUCGAGAACCUCGACCCCAGCUCGCACUAUGUGAUCACACUGAAGGCCUAUAACAACGUGGGUGAGGGGAUACCUGUGUAUGAGAGCGCCAUCACCAGACCGCAGUCAGAUCCCAUAGACCCCGAUGUUGACCUGUACGAACUCUUCCAUGCUCCAUACACCCCAGUACCAGACCCCACUCCCAUGAUGCCACCCGUGGGUGUUCAGGCCUCCGUGCUGAGCCACGACACCAUCAAGGUGACCUGGGCUGACAACUCACUGCCCAAGAACCAAAAGAUCACAGAUAACCGCUACUAUACGGUGCGCUGGAAGACCAACAUCCCUGCCAACACUAAAGUAAAGAUGGCCAACACCACCAGCCUGAAUCACAUGGUGACGGGACUGAAACCCAACACGCUGUACGAGUUCUCUGUCAUGGUGACCAAAGGCCGCCGCACCAGCACUUGGAGCAUGACAGCCCAGGGCACCACCUUUGAGACCAUUCCCAGCUCCUCCCCGAAAGAUGUGACGGUGGUGAGCAAAGAGAACAAACCUCGCACCAUUAUUGUCAACUGGCAACCUCCAUCUGAGGCCAAUGGAAAGAUCACUGGUUAUAUCAUCUACUACAGUACAGAUGUAAACGCAGAGGUCCACGACUGGGUUAUUGAACCAGUGGUGGGCAACCGUCUGACCCAUCAGAUCCAGGAACUGACGCUGGACACGACGUAUUACUUCAAGAUCCAGGCCCGAAACUCCAAAGGCAUGGGUCCGAUGUCCGAGGCCGUGCAGUUCCGAACUCCAAAGACCUCGAAUCUUCCAUCGAAGCCUGGGCCUCCAGGCAACCCACUUACGCAUGAACCUGGAUCCCCAGUUGGUAAAUCAGGGGUGGGAAGCGGUGAAAAUCACAUCCUGGUCAUUGUCAUCAUCAUCUCAGUGGGAGCGUUCACCAUCAUCGUGGUGGUGGUGGGCGCCUUCCUGUGCACGCGGCGCACCACGUCCCAUCAGAAAAAAAAGCGGGCUGCCUCCAAGUCCUCUAACGGCUCCCACAAAUACAAGGGAAACUCCAAAGACCUGAAGCCACCUGAUCUUUGGAUUCACCACGAGAGGCUGGAACUCAAACCCAUGGACAAGUCGCCAGAGCCAAACCCAGUCAUGACCGAAACGCCCAUCCCCCGCGCCUCACAGGACAUCACGCCGGCUGACAGCGGCCUGGAUAGCAACCCUCACCUACAGCAGAGGCGCAACUCCUACCGUGGCCACGAAUCAGAGGACAGCAUGUCUACACUAGCAGGCCGGCGAGGGAUGAGGCCUAAAAUGAUGAUGCCUUUUGACGCACAGCCACCUCAGCCUGUGAUUAGUGCUCACCCCAUCCAUUCCCUUGAUAACCAUCACCACCAUUAUCACAUGGGCAGCCUGGCGUCGCCGACACGCAGCUACCUCUACCACCAAGGCAGCGGGCACCUGCGCCCGCACGCCUGCGCCACCCCCAUCUCCCAUCUAGACAGGGUGGACUCUACAGAGUCAGUAAGGAAUACCCCCAGUUCGGAGCCCCUCCCUCCAGCCACCGCCUCCUCCCAGGCCUCCUGCCCCUCGGAGAUCCUCGCCGACCCGGAGGGCAGCUACCACGGCUCCACCACCACAGAGGAGGAGCCCAGCUACACCAGCAACCUGCCCCCCCACCGCUCAGCCCACCCGCACGCCCACGCCCACCCGCUCAAGAGCUUCGCCGUACCCGCCAUCCCAGCCAGCAGCCAUCCAUCAUACGAGUCACCUGCCCUGCCCAGUACUCCCCUGCUCGCUCAGACCGGGCCUCCUACUCACCCCCAUGUCGUUAAAACAGCAUCCAUCGGGACACUAGGAAGGACACGAACACCCAUGGCAGUCACUGUGCCCAACGCCCCUGAUGUGCCAGAGACCAGCAAGAUGCUGGAAGACGUAGACAGCGUGCUUGCCUCCCUCCCCCCCUGCCCCUCCCCCGCCCCUCGCAGUAACCCUGUUCCUCUCCCUCAGAGCUACGAGCCCGACGAGCUGACCGAGGAGAUGGCCCACCUCGAGGGCCUGAUGAAGGACCUGAACGCCAUCACCACAGCGCCAUGAGCACGCACACACACGCACACACACACAUACACCUACACGCACCUACACACUAUCUCUGUCAUCCACACAGGUAGAACCAACACAUACAUACAGAAAAGACACACACGCUCUAAAAGUCCAAACAACACACCCAAACAUAAACCUUGGGAGCCAGAGGCUGGUGGACACAAAAAUGGCUUCUUGUGCCCAAGAAACUCUCACGUCCCCCCUGCAGAGAAAAAAAAAAAACAACAAAAAAACAAAAAACUCCAGACUGAAACUUAGGAACUUUUUUCGGCUUACCUUGCUCAGUCUCAGGAAGGAGAUUGCCAUGAGAGGGAAGAAAAAGUGAGACGCUUCAUCUUUUUAUGAAGAACCAUUCUCAGAGACAAUGAACUUUAAAACAUUGGUCGCUUUCAACCGGAAGAUUGUGAAUUUUUUUCCUCAGCAAAAAUACGUACGGUAGGUGUUUGUGGCGUGCGACAGAAGACCGCUCACUCGAGAUGAGACAUAGUUUGAAUUCAAUGUCAAGUCAAAAGGAGAAAGUCCAAAAAUAUGCUGGUAUUGAUGUUGGUGCUCAUGCGGCGCAGUCUACACACAGUGUUUGUUUGAUUAGUGUUUCUUUGUGCAUUUUGUAUAUCUAUUGGGCCAUUUCAGUGAAGUGAACAUUGGAUAUCAGCCCCCCCCUUUACAAGCCUACAUUAUUCAUAAACGUGGUCAUUUUUUUUUGUUUUUACCCCCUUGUGUCAUAUAUUGUGCCAUGACUUUUUAUUAUUUUCUAUGUUAUUGUAUUAUUUUUUUACACACAUAUCCUUAUA